AUGCACACCUCGCAGUCAGUACAACUCGCAAAACCCACGAACCCAGAUCCAAAAAAGAAUCCGGCGAGUGAGCUUGCCUUGCCGAAAGACGAAAAUGUCGGUCGCAAGAGAUUUGCCGACUUCAACCUGAAGGGCAAGGUGUUCAUUGUCACAGGCGGCGCCAGAGGGCUGGGAUUGGCUCUGGCAGAAGGGUUAGUGGAGGCAGGCGGCAAAGUAUACUGCCUGGACCGCGCAGAUGAGCCCGACGAGGAAUGGGGUCAGGCCCAGUCGCACGUCGUGCCUGAAUGGGGCGGCUCGCUGCAUUACCGGCAGCAGGACGUCGAGGACACUAAGCACCUGGACGAGCUGAUCACCGCCAUUGCGGACGAGAACCAGCGCAUUGACGGCGCAAUCGCCGCGGCGGGUAUCCAGCAGAUCACGCCGGCCGCCGAGUACACGGCCGAAGACGCCGCUAAGAUGAUGGCCAUCAACUAUACCGGCGUUUUCAUGACCGCCAGCGCCGUGGCGCGCCAAAUGUUCAAGUACAAGAUUCGGGGCAGCAUCUGCCUCAUCGCGAGCAUGUCUGGCCUCGUCGCCAACAAGGGCUUGCUCUCGCCCGCGUACAACUCCUCCAAGGCGGCCGUUCUCCAACUUGCGCGGAACCUAGCCAUGGAGUGGAGUCCGAUCCAGGAGGACGGCACAGGCGGUAUCCGUGUCAACUGCAUCAGCCCAGGCCACAUCCUUACGCCCAUGGUGCUGAAAAACUUUGAGGAGGUGCCAGGACUGAAGGAGACCUGGGAGUCGGAGAACAUGAUGGGUCGGCUGGCAGAAACAAGCGAAUUCAAGGGCGCCGCGUUGUUCCUCCUCAGCAGGGCCAGCAGCUUCAUGACCGGCAGCAAUAUCGUAAUUGACGGCGGACAUACUAGCUGGUAA